AUGGCGCAAGAUGACUCAAACCCGGGUAUUUUCAACGAGCUCCCAGACCAAGCAAAGGCAACUGUCGAGAGAAUCAAAAGGAUUAUUGGUGAAGACACUACAAAGAAGGAAGGCAAGGCCAGCAGUGGCUGGGGAUUCUCUAGUGAGGAGCUGGAGCAGGAAAUCCAGAGAUUAUCAGCUGAGCUAAGUAUCAAUGGAUACAAAGCAUACAACUGCAAAGUUCUCCACCUUGUGCAUGGCGGAAUCAUCCAAAAUGGAACAGGCCAUCAGAUCAUAAUCCCAUUGAACGGAAAAGCGAGCUUUUUACAUGACAAACCUCUCUUACCAUGCCACUAUACCACUCAAAAAGAAACGCUCUUGGGCGACAACAUCGAUCUCAUAAUAAUGUCGCUGAAAAAAACGUGA